AUGGCGGGUGCUUAUGCUCCCUUGACUGACACCGACCGCCUCGACAAGGAUGACGGAGGGACCCUGCGGGAGACCGGCAACGGCAGACCGGAGUCAACGCAUUCCUCUACGCUUGGCAAGUUUGCCGAAACAGCAGCGAACAAGGCAGCCCAAGCCACGACGACAGCCGUCGAUGCAGUGAGCUCGUUCAAUUCAGGUGAUCUUGAUGCCCGCCUGCGUACUUGGCGACACCGGAUCGCCCAAAAGAUCAAGCGAAAGCGGAGGAAAGCCUUGCCUGCGCGGUCUCGACUCGAGCCAGUGCCCAUCAUUGCAUCAGUCUUCGAGCCUGCAGAGCCAGACAUAGCAUGGCAGCAAUCUCACGAGAUCAAGACGCUCUCGAAUGAGCCGGUCAUGACCCAGGCACAGUUCAACGCGUUGGCCGAUGCAGUGCGCGAGGCCAUAGCGAUGGACGUGCAGCCCAGACUGAAUGCCAAAGGCUCGUCUGGCUCCUACUUUGCUCGCAAUCUCGACAGGAAGACACUGGGCAUCUUCAAGCCCAAGGACGAAGAGCCAUACGGCGCGGCCAAUCCAAAAUGGACCAAAUGGGUCCACAGAAAGCUCGGCGGCAUCAUCGGGUUCGGCAGAGCCUGCCUGAUACCAGGAUUGUCUUACGUCACAGAGGAAGCUGCAUCCGUCCUCGAUCGACAGCUAGGCACGCAUAUCGUGCCAAGGACAGAGGUCAUCAAGCUUAGCAGUCCUAGCUUCUUCUACGACUGGAUCGAUCGCAACAGCGCCAAAGGGAAGCAUCCCAAGCCGCUCCCGCUCAAGCCAGGCAGUUUCCAAGUCUUCGUUACGGGCUACACCGAUGCGACCGUGUUUCUCAAGGAGCAUCCUUGGCCCGGAGGUGCAGCUUGGGAAGACACGGACGAGAAGAGCAGGCGUCAUCCUCGCCAUCGACUGUUCAGAUCCUGCAGGAUGCUAUGCGGCCGCGCAGGAGCUGUCGCAGACGAUGAUGACGAAGAAGAGCUGAACAAGCAGGAAGGUCAUCGCAGCAGGAGUCCGCUCCCGCCUUCUCCAAGCCCAGACGGCGCCAGACCGUUCGCAUGGACGCCCGCCCUCAUGCAGCAAUUCCGUGAAGAGCUGGAGAAGCUCGUCAUACUCGAUUACCUCAUGCGCAAUACGGACAGGGGAACGGACAACUUUAUGCUCCGCUAUGAUCCUCCUGCGCCCUCACCGCCUGAGGACAGGACGCUCAAGCCGAUACAGGAGCAAAUGUCGGCUCAUCCCGGCAUGUCUGCCAUUCGGCCACCUUCUCAGACUUCAGAUGGCACGAUCCAUCUCGCCGCAAUCGAUAACAGUCUGGCCUUUCCGCACGAGCAUCCAAAGGGCUGGCGUAAUUAUACCUACGGCUGGCUUUGGCUGCCAGCGUCACUCAUCGGCAUGCCGUUCUCUGAGAAAACACGCAAGCAAUUCUUACCCUUGCUUUCUUCGCCUGCAUGGUGGGCACAGAUGACCCUCGAGCUUCGCAAAGUCUUCAGUAUCGACGAAGAUUUCAACGAAAAGAUGUUCAAGAAGCAGAUGGCUGUCAUCAAAGGCCAAGCAUGGAACGUCGUACAAUCGCUCUCGCAUGAUGACGAAGGCCCACUGGAGCUCUGUCGUCGGUCAAAGAUACUCGUAUGGGAUGACGAGAUAGAAGUCUCAGCCGAUCAGUUGACGCAGGAACUGAUUGCAGCCGCCUCGACGCCGAAUAGGCAGCCUGCAGGUAUGUCGGGCUCAAUCGAUGACUUGACAGCGCGCCAAGCUGCUCGACCAAUCUCGCCUGUCACGGCCCCCAUGAGCCGACACUCAAUAGCGACUGCGACGCCUCGGCCGGGCGCGGGCUUGCGGACGCAGUCACACUUCACUCGGUCACCACCGCCCAAGAGGCCACGCACGAUGGAAAGAAUGCUCAGUGGCCCAAACCUAUCCAGUCGUCCGAUACCUGCCGCUCGAAGACUUGAUCUAGCAGGCGAUGCAUUUGGCGGCGCAACAGGCAUUGCUGCACUCGAGCACAUGGAAAGACUACAACGUGAAGAGCAAGAUCUACAAAACGCGUUUGGAUUCCAGGACGAGCAGAUCUCUGCUGUUGCAGAAGCAUAUGGCGUCGCAGAAGAGCGCGCGUCUGUCGACAGCGAACGGCAAGCCAUCUUGAGCGCUACCAGUCCUAUCUCGAAGCGCAUCUCUCGCGCCACCCUCGUGUCGCCCGCCCAAAGAUCUUUCUUCGGCAACAGGGCUCGAAGUGGCAGUACCAACGACGCUCGUGUGUCGGGUGUACAGUCGAGAUACGCAGGCAGCAGUGGCGGCUCGAUCGACGGUGGUAGCGAAUGGGCAGCAGACGGCGCGAGCGAAGCGGGCGAGAUUGAGACGGGCAGACGUACUGUUAUUGUCGAACGACUCGAGCCGAUUGUUGCUGGUCAGUCGCUGCGCCUCGCCUGUAUGCGAAGCCUGUGCUGA